AUGGCCCUCAUUGUUGCUUCUGGUGUCAUUCCUGCCUUUGGACUCUUUGCAGAGGACUUGAACGUCUCAAUUCAGAAAGCAUCAUACCUAACAAGUGUUCAAAUUUUGGUGCUUGGAAUAUCACCCCUUAUCUGGAGACCUCUCUCUAGCAAGUAUGGGAGACGGCCAGUCUGGCUCAUAUCAACAGCACUUUCCGCUGUGUUCAAUGUCGGAUGUGCGUUGAGCCCGAACUUUGCAGUAAUGAUUGUCAUGCGUGUUCUGGCGGCAUUCUUCGUCUCACCUGCGAGCGCAAUCGGCAGUGGUGUUGUUACUGAGAUAUUCUUUGCUCGGGAGAGAGGCAAUAAGAUCGGGAUCUGGACGCUCAUGGUAACCCUUGGUAUACCUUUAGGGCCAUUCGUAAUGGGCUUCGUCGCUCAACAUGCCGGUUGGCAAUGGAUAUAUUGGAUUUAUACCAUUGUAAAUGGAGUUCAAUUCGUUGCGUUUUUCUUCUUUGGCGCCGAAACACGAUAUCUCCGCCGGGCGACAGACGAGAAUACUAAUUAUUCUUUUGUGAGAGAAUACUUGACUUUCAAAAGGAUUGACGCCGAGCCAUUCUCAUUCCGAGAAUUCUACCAGCCCAUUCUGUUGGCCAAAUAUGCUUCUAUUCUCAUUCCUACAAUUUGUUACAGCCACUCUUUCAACUUUACCAGCGUCUAUAUUACCGUCGAAAUCCCACAGAUCUUUGGUGAAAAGUUUCAGCUGAACCCACAACAGAUUGGCUUACAGUACAUUGCUAUGAUCAUCGGAUCUGUCCUUGGUGAGCAACUUGGUGGUCCCAUGAGUGACUACACUAUGAACCGUCGUAACAAAGCACUGGGCCAUCCUCCAAGUCAAGAAUACAGGCUUUGGUCUUCAUACUUUGGGUUUUGUGCAGUCAUUGCUGGCUUAGUAGUGUUCGGUGUGCAGCUUCAAUUGGCACCAGAAGGGCAUUGGAAUGUUACACCAGCCAUUGGCGUGGGCAUUUCGGCAUUUGGGAACCAAGUCAUUACUACUGUUCUGGUUACUUACGCCGUUGACUGCCACCGCGAACAUGCGGCCUCCAUCGGAGUAUUCGUGAACCUCAUCCGCUCUACAUGGGGAUUUAUUGGUGUCUUCUGGUUUUCACAAAUGUCUGCAACCUUGGGUUUGGGUGGAAGCGCAGGAUUGCAAGCGGGACUCGUCUUAGUCGUUUCAGUCCUCCCAAUAGUCUUCAUUCAAUGGGCAGGCGCUCGAUGGAGAAGGCAUGGAGAGCAGCAGAUGGAAUGA